AUGGGUCCUCUCUGUGCUUUUACAGAUGAUAAAGUCAAAGUAAUGCUGCUCAACCCCAUUGGGGGUGCGGAAUUCAAUGACUUUGUAGUGGAAACAGUGCUGAAUAACAAGGACCCGAGCACGCGUGUCACAAUCACCUCACUCGCCAACCGCAUUGGCGGCACCCAAACCCUAGCAUAUCCGUCAAUCCGGCCUCUGCUUUACAGUGAAAUGAUACGGGUGUGCUUGCAGGCAUGCAGGGAAAAUUACGAUGUGCUUAUCAUCAACUGCUUUGGCGAUCCGAUGGUGGACGAGCUACAGCAAAUCGCAGGCGAUGAUAUGGUUGUCCUCGGCGCGAGGCAGGUAGCAAUUCAGGCAGCAUCGAAGAUUAGCUCUAAGUAUGCCGUGCUCUUGCCUUAUGACAUGAAAAGCUCACCGGAUCCGUUACAUCAACAUGUUGUUGCAGACACGCGCACCGCGGUCGCGCAUCUAGUUGUCGAUAUGGUGUUUAACAAUGAUCUUACGCCCAUGGAUGUCGAGAGUCUGCGCGAGAGGCUAGCCACACAGGGAAAGCUGGCCAUUAAAGAGAAUGGCGCAGAGGUUCUUGUCCUGGGCUGCACGGCUAUGCUCGGGUGCUGGCAGGGAUUAAUGCGAGCUGUUGGCGUGCCCGUUAUUGAUCCGACCGUUGCUGCCCUCAGGGCAGCGGGCAAGGCCGGCCGAGUCAAACGUGAGUUGGUUGGGGGAGCAUCGACCAAGAGGUCUGGGACAUUUCCGACAGAGAAGGAGCUGAAGAUGAUUGCUGAGUCCGAACCGUCGUACCCGUUUAGUGGAAGAAUUGAAAUCUAG